AUGGACAAGUAUACAAAAGUGAAAACCAUUGGCAAGGGCAACAUGGGCACCUGCACCCUUGCCCGCAACAACGAGGAUGGCAAGUACUACGUCAUUAAGCAGGUGGACCUCACGCGGAUGAGCAAGAAGGACCGCCAGCAAAGCCUGAACGAGGCGCGUGUACUGAGCUCGCUGCGUCACCCGAACAUCAUCAACUAUGUCGACAGCUUCCUCGCUCGCAAGUCCGACAACCUUUGUAUUGUGAUGGAGUAUGCCGAAAGCGGCGACGUCUGCACGAGCCUAAAGAAGAACUGCGGCGUACACGUACCGGAGCGGCAAGUGCUGGACUGGCUCAUUCAGCUGGUGCUGAGUCUCGACUACGUGCAUCAGCGCAAGAUCCUCCACCGCGAUGUCAAGACGCAGAACAUCUUCCUCACCAACGAAAACCUGAUCAAGCUAGGCGACUUUGGCAUUGCUCGCACACUGGCGAACACUUACGACCAAGCCCAAACGUUUGUUGGUACCCCUUACUACCUAUCCCCUGAGCUGAUUUUAGAGCAGCCCUAUGACCACCGUAGCGAUGUGUGGGCGCUAGGCGUCGUCUUGUACGAGAUGUUGACGCUCCAACACCCUUUCAGCGCAAAGGACAUGAAAGGACUGCUGCAGCGCAUCCUCGCUGUGCAGUACGACCCUUUGCCAACCAUGUACAGCACCGAGUUGCGAGACAUAGUGGCCCAGAUGCUGGUGCGGGACCCAGGUGGACGGAUGAAGCUGGAGGACAUCUUGCAGCUACCGAUUGUCCGUGAGCGCAUCCAGCAGUGGCUGCAAGGGCCCGAUGGGGUGCCGCAACACUACGUACGCUCCCUCUGCAAACACCACCUGCUGCCGGCCUCCAUCGAUGGAGCGACUGUCAUGCCUUCCCCCAGGUCCGCCGCAAGGGCCGCCGCGGCCAUGGCGCACAAAGAGUGGUGUGGCUCCUCUGAGGCCACCUCAGCCCACAGGAACUUACGUGUGCGUGUCCUCAACGACGCUGGAAUGCGUCCGCUUGUGGCACCACGCAGGCACUACUCCACCCCCUCCGCGGCCGUGGGUGCGUGUUCAUCGAGUGCAGACAAUGGCACCCCAGACCAAGUGCGGCCUUUCAUAGCACCGUUGAAACCGUAUAGCAACCUGCCGCAGGUGUAUCUGCCCCAGCUGCCAGCCGUGCAUCCACGGGCGCAGAGCAACAACAAAGCUUCUACUCCUUCGCCACAACUCAGCUCACUUUUUACCACGCCGAACGGCGUGCGGUCUGCCGCACUGCGGAACUCUCGGCAGCAAAGCGAGCCUGUGUGCCAAUCCUCUCCAGCGUCGCUGCCGGUGCAGCGACCUACCGCUCGCUCCAAGGCCGUCAGUAGGCCCUACGCACGUCCCUAUGCGGCGCAGCCCCACCUGUUGUCAUCGGCCGGUUACCUUCUCAUGGCCAACCCACGUAGGAACCCGAGUGACGUGCGGUGCCAGCAAACCAGUAAGUCCUCAGGCCCCUACUUGAACCCUCUGUAUUCUACGCCUCGCCAGAUGGCACCUGCAUACAGGCAGCUAACUCCUCCCCUUUCUCCGCCGACCGACAUUAAGGCUAUGCUGCACCGCGCCGUCGCCGACUGUGCACGACGCCGACACGAAUUCGCGUAG